ACAAGUGACCGUGCAGUCGUAUUUCGCGCACCGACCGGCCUCCGCGUACCCGAACGAACGCACGCUCACAACGUAACACACGCUGCCCGCCAACUAUUCAAAUUUUGAACUGUCACGUUCGAAAUCAGUUCGAUAAAUUAUUUUUCUUAAUUGUUAUCCGUGUGCACUCGCGCGGAAAGUGUCCAAAACGCUCGCGACACUAGCCAGUGUCCGGAUUGCAUCGGGGCCGUUGACAUCGACUCAGUGAUACGGGACUCGAUCUAUCAGAAUUUUGAAUUAAUUUUCGAACAUGUCGCAUAUUGGCGGGAAGUGUGUGUUGUGUUGAUGAAGUCUUAUUUAACUGCAGUGAAGGUGAUACCAGGUGUUAACACCCAUUAGUGAUAGCUGGAACGAUGGUGGAUUCGACAUAAUAUUAUUUAAUGUUUUGUCAGACUGCAACUGAAGUCAUUUGAGAAUUAUUGAAGUGUAUACAAGAUGCGGGCGAGCGUGUGGUGGAGCGCUGCAGCGCUGGCUCUGCUUGCUGUCACCAGCGCCCUUCGAACCACGCAGGUGGAAGGUGCAUCAAGAAUUGGAAGAAGAUUACCAGCGCCUACAGCAUCCGAUAUUCAGAAUAUAACGGAGGCGGAUCCAACUAAAGUCGUACAAUAUACGAUUAGGCCCAGGAGUACUAGAAAACGAGAUGAAGUGCCACCCCGAGAGGUGCGAACGAGAUCUCAAUCAAGGAGACCUAUUUCAAGGACAGAAUCUUCUCCAGAAGUCGAAACUUUUCAAUUACAAACUGAACGCAACGAACGAUAUGAGUCGAGAAGAACUAAUGGUCGAACCCGAAAUAGGCCUGUUCAGAAUCAAAAUGAUAUUAAUAUAUCAUCAUCCACUACAAGAAGGAAUGAUAUUAUAAGAAGCAGAACACGAUCAAGUUCUAACCGAGUACCGACUACAACAACGUUGACCCCUUUAGAAAGAGCAUCGUUAUCACCAGAUAUACCUUCUUCAACUGAGAGCAAAAUUGAGAUGCUAAAUUCUAACUCUGAUGACUUCAUAAAGACAUCACCUAGGGAAAGUACAGUUAAUCAAUUUAGAAGAAGAAGUUCUUCUCUAGAGACUAUUGAAACGGUCGCUCCAAAAAGAAUAAAGGGACGAAUUAACACCAGACCAAAUGCGAGGUCAUUAGAUCUCGACGUAUCGGGGACAACAAAUUCUUUGUCCAAUUUUAACAAAGCUCCAACUACAGCCAGAACAUCUGCAGAUUUGAGAAACUCACGAAAAUUGAGAUACAAAACACGAUUGUCAGAAACUGAUACGAACUUAACAGGCGAAGGAAUUAAAACAAUUAAUGAAGUCAUUAAGUCUAGUCAGAAAGAUGAAAAUAUUACUAGUCAACAAGAAAAUCAAACAGCUGCAUCAGUUGUAAUCACAAGCACAGAAAGCACAAUUAUCCAAUCAAGUACUGAAAUACCACCAGUAAAAACUAGUACAUCUAAAGUUAUGAAGGUGGUGAGACGCCCUUUGUCAAGAGGGAAAGUAAAUUUUAGGCCAGUUGCGUCGUUAUCAAAAAAAGAUACGACAGAUGAAAUUAGUGAAGACGACAAUUAUCCGGAAAGUUUUAAAGCUUUAAUCCAGGCUAAAAAUGCAUCGACACAAGCGAGCUCUCCUAAUGAUGAGAGUUUGACAUUGAAAGCAUCACAAAAAAUUUACAAAGCUUACACAACAUCACCACAACAAACAAACUCUGGAACUGGCACCAAUAAAUAUUCAAGGUUUCGCAAUAAAUUAAAUACACAGGAUGGAUUUAAGAAAGAAGAUAAGGAUGAUGAUAACAUAUCUGCAGUAACAACAGAAGCCACACAGCAAAAAAAGAAUGAUUUCCGACCUCGAGGGACUUUUAAUCCUCGAGGUAGAAAAUUAACAUCUUUUAGUCCACCAGCAACAUCUACGACGUCUUCGUUAAGUCAAAGUACGGCAAAACCGGCAUUCAAAUAUAGUAGAACGUUGAAAACUACUACGACAAAAUCCCCGGAAAUCGAAAAUAAGUUAAAAAAUGAUAAAAGUGCAAUAAAUAAUUUAAAGAGAUCUCCGAUUAGGUCAUCUUAUUUUACUCGUAAAAGUUUUAACACAAAGAGUGUAAUUGAUAAUAAAAAUAAAACUGAAACACAAAAAGUUGAUAACAAAACAGGUGAUAGUCUUACAGUAAAUAAUAAAAAUACUUUACCUAGAACUUCUUAUUAUUCACGAUUAAGGAACAAUAAAAAAUCAAUAACAUCAACGACUAUACCUCCGAAAGAAAUUACAAACGAAAUAAGUUCCAUUGAAAAGAAAAGUGAAGAUAUUUUAAGUAUGCCUUUAAUUUAUACAUUAUUAAAAAAUACUGACAAUGUUGAAGUGACUACUGAAAAAGAUCAAAAAAUUGAUAAAGAUAUGUUUAUAAUAGCAGUAAGUAGCAAAGAAUAUCAAGAAGAUAAAAUCGCUAAUGACAUACCAAAUACAGCAGAAGAGAGUGAAAAUAAACCAGUUGUUAACGAUUUACCAACGGUAAAAUAUCAUUCUAUUUAUAAGGAAGAAGAUGCUAUAAAGAAUUACGAAAACAUUGACUCACCGACUACUCAAAGUACAUUAACAUCUACUGUUGUAACAAAUAUUCAAACACGAAAACAUAAUCGUAAAAAUGUUAAUUCGUAUGAAAAAGACAUUGAAAGUAAAGCAGUGACAUUUAGGAGCCGAGAAAGGAAUUCCAGAAAAUAUAGCGAUAUAUUUUCUAAAACGACAGAGGCUUCCAAUGGCGUAGAAGGUGAAGAAAUUGAGUUAGGCCCAGACAUGAACUCUAUCUCUUUCACUAAACCACGAAGUAAAUUAUAUUCAGCGGAUUUGAGACUUUCUGAAAGUCUCGUUAAGCCGUCACAUAUCAUGAACAUAGAAGCUUCACACCAUUCGCCUUCAGUUACUGUAUCAAUAUUUGAUGCAUUAGCUGAAAUACUUACCUCUACACCUAGAACUCGAUUGUCCACAACAACAGAAGUAUCGAAAAAAGCAAACAUAAAUAAUGAUGUAUCACAAACACUCAACGGCGUGAGUAAUAAUAAUAAUGUAAAUAGUGUUCGAGCCUUAGCCAGUCAAGAUAUGUUAAUGUCAACAACAGUUAAUAUGAACACAAAUGCUAAACCUGUACAGAAUGCUGACUCAACACCAAAUGUGAAUAAUAGUUUGUCGGUUGGGGAAAAUACUACACCAUCACUAAACAUAGAAGAAAGAAACAUAAGUCCUGUGAAUACAGCACAACCUAAUACUGCCUUUACUCCUACACCUAUUCCUACAACUCCUCUUUCUGCUAGACGACCUUUUGCUAUUAAAGUUUUAUAUUCAGAAACAGAACAAUCAACAGACAAAUCCACGACAGCAUAUGAACCCACAUCAAUUCAGGGAUCGACUGACAACCCAUCAAUGGUAUUUAAUACAGUGUCUGAUCUAUUAAUAUCUAGUAACAAUAUUGUAUCCUCAGAACUAACUAGCAUGUUAUCUAAUAAUAUACUAGAUAUUAUUCAAAAUAUGGAUGAGACUAGUAGAGCUAAAGUAUCGUUAGAUAUGGCAAAAUUAUUGAAAUCACUAAUUCCUAGAGCUUUGGACAAACUUACGACUAUGAUAGAAAAUGUAGAUACCAUACCGAACACCACUCCCUAUAGUUUGGAGGAGAUUAAAGAUACUGAGAAUAUUGAAUUAAACAGUAACUCUAAUGUCCUUCAAAAUAUGGCUGAUGUAAUUAAUGUAAAUAAUGUAAUGACAAGCACUGUAACUGCAACAUUAAAUGUAACAGAUAAUGUCACUCAAUCUGUAAAUAGCACCGACAAUAUCUCAAUAACUGCGAGUACUUUGCCUAUGUCUAGUAGUCAAUCAAUUAAUACAAUCGAUGUAACAUCGAAUUCAGCAUCUGUUGAUAUACAGAGUACUACACCAAUGAAUAUGAUUAUUACAACUUCUGACUCUCUAGGCACAGACACAGUAAUCGUAAAUGGUAAUAUAUCUGACUCUUCUAACAGACCUAUUCCUACUCCAUUUUUUACAAAUUUUCGUGUAUUAGAAAAAACUUCCGAUCCAUCUGCACAAAUUAACAUGAGUAUUCCAACUCCAUUAUCUCAAAAUACCGAUAAUCAAGACCCAAGCCGUGUAACACCACUACAGUUAUGGGUAUUGUCUAAAAAAGCGCAAGUAUUAAAAAUGAUUGAAGAUCUUAUAAGACAACAUAAUGAUGAAAUAGCUACAGCACCACCUAUAAUAGAUUCUGAUGUGGUAGAAUCUGACAAUAUUCCUCUUUCUAAUCGUUUGACGAAAAUUAUGAAUACAUUAACUUCUACGACUGAAUCUACAGACUUUACUGAUAAUAAUGACUUAACUUCUCCUAAAAAUUUUCCUUCUACUAUAAAUCCUAUUUCAAUUUCUUUACGUAUGGGUGAGUCUACAGAUAGAAAUAAUCAGGAUAGCCAGGUUACAUCCACAACAAUACCUGUUGAAAUACUGUCGACAAUUACGUCAAGUAUAGUGUCACAAACAUCAGAUCAAAUGUCUGAAAGUGUCACUGUUUUGACAACUACGGAACUAGUUACAACUUUAGAAACAAGUAUACAAGAUGAUACAGAAACUACAACAGACUUGGGUUCAACUGAAACUACAACUGAAAUGAGUGUAGAUAGUACAGUAACAAUAGAUUUGGAGACAAGUAACCCAGUUAAUAAUGAAAACGCAAAAACACGUGUCAACGAAACAAGACAAAAUUUAAUUUCAGCAGUAAAUAAUGAAACUAUUGUUGGUACAACAAUACCUAAAAAAGAUUACGUAAUAUUUGGAAUAUUACCAAAUGAUACAGUGGUACGUAAAGAUCCUAAUGAUGAUAUAUUGGAAUCAUUAACAGAGGCAAGCCCUUACAUCAUUUAUGGCGUGCUACCUAAUAACACAGUAAUACGUAAAUUUCCAAAUGGAACUAGAGUGCCACGAGUCAUGCAAAAAAUUGACGUACUACCAAUCAGCCCAUGGAGUCUAAGAAAUCCAUACAGCCCCAUCCAUAACAACCCGGCUAUUGUAAGGCCGAAGUCUAACCCCAUCCGAGUAUCCACUAAUACUGUGACAUCCACAAAUACCUCAAAUAACGGAACGGAUAAUCGUUUAACCACCGACACUGUAAAUAACCAACAACUGAUGAUCUCUUCAUCGGCACUUAAUAUAAAAGAUAGCAGUUCAUUGGGUAUAACUACUACCACAAAUAAGCUGCCUGCUGAAAUAAGCACUGCCUCGCAUGUAUUGAGUUUACGCACAACUACAAUGCUACCUUCCGUUGAUGAGAUUCUGCUUAAUAGUAUAUCUUCAGCUGCUAAAGAGGAAUCGGUCAUAUCUUCAAUGACGAGCUCUACUCGUGAACCGAGAAUAUUAACACUGGAUAUUGAUCCGGAGACUAAACAAAUACGGACCGAAAAGCCUGGUGACGGAAAUGGAAAUACAAUAUUUAAAUUCAUCCCCAUAGAUGAAGUCACAGUAGCUCCACAAAAUUCAAAUGUUUUAAAAUUAGCCACAAAAGCAUCUUCUACUACAAAUACAAGAAACAAUGAAAUCACAAGCACGAUUGCAUCUACAGUAACUGAGAUAAAUACACAAACGCCGCAAAUACAAACACGAAUUGAAACUGAUACUUUGAUAACUACAACAGUAUCCGAAGCUACUUCUGUUACAAACAGUGAACAAUCAUUAACGCCCACUUCUUCUAUUGCGACUACAAUAACUGAAACAAUUCCACCGCCCACAAUGGUAGCUACUAUAAGAACGACAAUUCCUACAGCAACAAGUACGUUAAUGCCAAUAACUACUACGUUGGCAUCAACAACUACUGCUGCUCCGACAACAACAACUACAGCUCCAACAACGACUUCUGGAGCUCCAACAACAACUACUGCAGCUGCAACAACACAACUUUUACUGCCAACAAUAACAAAUUUUGCUCAGACAGAGAAAUCGCAAAUUCCAAUUACUACAACAUCUGUUGCUACAAUAACGACUGAUACAGCAUCAGCAUCAACAACUACUUUGCCCACAGUAACUACAUCCUUUACACCUGUUACUAUUGAAGAAGAGAAAAGAUAUCAAAAAGAUGCUGAAGUACUUCAGCAAAUACUACAGUCCAAUCGUAACUCUAAAAACCUAAAUAUACAGUCAAAUCCAAAUCCAAUAUUAUCACCUAAUCCGAUAGUUACAACUCAAGCACCAACUAGCACAUUACAACCUUUAACAGCAACGCAAAACGAAGAAACAAAGCUUCUUCAAGCAUUGCUUUCAACUACUAGUACAAAUACGAAUCAAUUAAUAACAAACACUGGUGAUAACUUAAAUAUUCCUCUGAAGACUACUACAUUUCGUUCAAUAGAAGACGAUUUACGACAACUUGAAGAAGAUACAAAAUUAUUGAAGGCGUUAUUGCAGGCUACAGGGCAAAAUCCGAAUAAUUUCAAUUUACCAAAAUUUGAUUUUCAACCUACAACUAAAGUUGCUCCUACAACAACUUCAACAACAACGACUACUACAACCACUACUCCUAGACCGACAAUAAUAACCACAACAAGACCAACAACUACUCUAACAGCUACAACAUCGAUAGAUGAAGAUAUUAAAAAAUUGCAAGAAGAUACAAAAUUAUUACAAGCAUUAUUACAAGCAGUAGGACAAAAUACAGGAAACGCAAGUCCACCUAUUAUAUCAGGAGUAACGUCAAAUGUAAGAAUUGCCUCAAACCCUUUAACUACUUCACUAGGCUCUAAUCCCACUACACCUUUAAAUGUGCGACCUGUGUAUACUUCUCAAAUUACUACAUCGACAUCUUCUGGAGUUAGUUUUGUGCCUAGAACUGUUUCGACUACGUUACAGCCCGCCACCAGUACCGUAACGGAAAAUAUCAAAAUUUCUACUACGAAUUCUCCAAGAACCACGACUUUGAAAAGUGCUCAACCGACGACAUUAACAGCACGUCGCGCACCAGUCACACGAGUAUCAGUUACUACAGAUAUGCCUAGUACUUCUACAUUCUCCGUUGAAGAGGAUUUGGCUUUCCUAAAAAAUUUGAAAUCAGUAUUAAAGACAAAUCCGAACAACGAUGAUCCCGAAGUGUCAUUGGCUAAUCGAAUUAUAGCUUUAGCUGUUGAGAAAAGUUUAAAUGAAAUAGAAUCUGGUACAUCACCAGAUACUACUCGAAAAGGAAAAAAUAUAGGAAAUAACGUAAACAAUAUUAUUUCAACAUCACGCACUGCCCCAACAACUACCACAACAACAACAACAACAACAACAACACAGCGACCUAUAACAACAGUUAAAACAAAUAUUCCAUCUAUAGAGGACGAUAUUAAACAGUUCCAAGAAGAUACAAAACUUCUUCAAGCUCUUAUUAAGGCGACAGGCCAAGACCCUUCCAAAUUUAAUAUUCCAACACUACCUAAUUUAACUACUAAUGUAAGUCCAAACCUUACUUCAAAUAUUGGUCUGAAAGUACCAGCAAAAUCAACCUCAUCUUUGCUGUUAAAUAAACCAUUAGACUCUAUAAAAAAUAUUAAUGAACAGACAAAACUAACGAACAUUGACUCGACUAAACCUUUUGGUGCAAAAAUAGUUGUUAAAGAUGAUCUAAAAACUAUCCAAGAUGAGGAAAAGUUAUUAAAAACUCUGGUGAAAUUACAGGAUGUACAGGAGACGACUACGCAGAAGAAUAAAUUAACUAUUACAGGACAGACAUCUGAUGAAGCUUUGAAGAAAUUGCUUCAGCAACAGAGUAAGUCAACAGGCAUGGUGUCAGAAGCAACACAAGCACCUAUGUCCCUGAGUACCGAAUUCGGAAAGAGUAACGAUGCAUUACUGGCGGCACUACUAAAGGAGCAAGGUUUUGGGCCUACUACGGCAAGUUCCUUAGAUGAACAACUUAGACUUUCUGCUUUGCUCAAUCAAGUGGUAGUGACGCCGAAAGCACGACGAACUACAACACCUCCACCACCUCCGCCACAACGAAGACCGAUUCUGGACGGUUUAGCAUGGCUGUGGCAGCAAUGGAGGGAGACCGCUCCAGGUCCUACGGCCGGAAGGCCCAACAGACGACCAAGCCCGUCCUCCUCACCAACAGUCUCAUCAUCCGCAGCUACUAGCAACCGAGUCAACUGGUUUGGCUCUGGACCAUUCGUUGGCAAUGCUGACGAGACGCCAACCUCAAACAGAAUACCCCUGGAUCCACCAAGAGCCGUAACAUCAGAACAGACUCCAGGCAGAGGGCAGCUCGUGUCUGCAGCCAUAAAUGUAACGCGGGCAUUUUCGCAAUUUUUAGGGGCAGCAAUACAGGGUGCAGCACAGACUGUUCAAAAUGUGAUACGAGCAGGACAGCGAGUGGCCACCGAUGCGUAUGUCAGCGGCUCAGGCGGCUCGGGUGGAUCCGGUUGAUUUAGUAUAGUAUAAUUGGACUUCAAACUUUUCCAAAAGUGUCAUAGUACGCAUUGUGUUGCGAGAGCUCAAAUGUAAAUAUUAAUGUGUAAAUUACUAAGUAAUGUAUAUAAAUAAUUACAAAGUCAAUGCCUUGGGGCACUGCCGAGAUUUGAUGUGUUUAUGGAGUCAAAUGCUUUUCAAAAAUCUUCUCGUGUAAUCUUUUUGUACUUUUAUAAAAUAAUUGUUUUUAAGAUUUGACCUUUUAAAAUGUUCCUAGAUGAAUAUAGUUGAACAUUUUUAAAUGUUGUUUACUUAGUAAAUGUAAUCUAAAUGGGGUUUUUGUUCUAUUGUACUACAUAGGAAAUGAAUAUUGUCGAUAGAUUGUCUUGAAUUGUAGGAUUUAGGCAAAGAAUGUGAUGUUAGUACUAUUUAGUUUGUAUUAUUUAAAACAUUAUUUUGUACAUUGUCUAGACAAUUGAAUCUACCUUGUCUUUUUUUAUGAGAAAAAUGUAUAUUUUCGUAUUAAUGAGAAAUCUCAGAAAAUAUAUACUUUUUCUGUUCUCUUUUCUUGUGCAAGAACAGCUUCAUUAGAAAUUGAUCUUUAUUGUGGUCUUCGUCAAAAUUUGAAAUAUUAAAGUCUGUCUUUUUUCUUGAUGUCUAGUUAUAAGUUGCGUCUGCCACUUUACCUGAAAAAUAAAGCAGCGUUAAUUUCCUUCGAUUAGAAAUACCAAUAUCUCUAGAUAUUAAAACACGAUUAGUUAAGUUCUAUCUAACCUUAAGUUUACAUGUGCCAUUUAGCACGUGCUUGGUGUAUUCGCUUUCUUUCUUUGUUUUACUGCUUCUAUUUAUUUAUUUAUCAUAAAUCGACUUGUAAUGUGAAAUGUAUAGUCAUACUUUAUAUUAUAUUAGAUGGAAUCGUAUUUGUUUAAUUUUAUUUUAUAUUUUAUUAGAUAUAAAAUAUAGCUAAAAUUACUUUUAUUAUUAAAUUACAAUUUUGGAGCUUAAUUAUACUUGGCGUUACAACUUGUCACUGCCUUUAGCAAAUUAAUAUUAGUGAAUAAGUAUGGAGAAAUUUAGAAAGUAAGACUGGUUAAUUUUUUUUUAAGAAAACAAUUCUCAAUCUGGAAUCUAUGUAUAAUAUUUUCUAUAGGUAUAUUUUAAAAGUAUACCAGUUUUCUGACUAGGCUUAGGUUAUUCAAAAUUGAAGAAUAACAAUCAGUAAUCAUAAUUAUGAAUUGAUGUGUUAAAAAAUAUACUAUAUUUUCAAAUAUAAUGGACAAAAUUUAUAAUAACUAAAUACUCUAAUCUGACAAGUGACAUUUAGGUCUUGUGAAUGACACAAGCCAUUAACAAGAUAAUGGCAUUAUUUAUAGUACUUACUAACACUGCCACAUAGAUUUAUAAAUUUAAUGUCCACUAUUUAAUAUCUAGUAAAUUCAUUUUACUACCUUCAAGAAAUAGUACAUUAAUUAAUUGAUACUUCGAAAAUUAUGAAAAAUUUUAAUAUAUAUGCCAAUUUUAGGUGUAAAACGUUCUUCAAAGUUAUAAUAAGGGAUGACCUUGCAAUAACUUUUGUAUUCACUUGCAUCUUAAGCGUAUAUUUUGCGCACACAAUGUCUAUCGUUCGUUUUCAUUUUUUUUGUCAUUGUAAAUCAUAAAUUCAUCGAUGUAUAAAUUUUAAUAUUUAAAUAAAUGUCUAUGCAAAUAUUGAAAUUUAUAAUAAAUUGUCAUUUCAUUAUAUAAUCUAUUAUUUUGUUUAACUAUUAGAUACUUCUUUUUUCUAUCAAUGAAAUAUGUAUUUCAUAAAUACUAAAUUCUUUGGCAUAAUUAUAUUAUUUUGCUUUUGAUUCUAUGCAUAUAUC